GAUCGCAGUUGAUUUGACAUCCGUUUCUUGUCCAAUUCCACCACUUCCACCACUUCCUCAAUCACCCAUGUCUUUACCCACGACCAUAAAGGCUGUUGCGAUAGCCAAGACCGGAGACUUUGAUGUUAUCGAGAAGGCUACACUACCUUUUCCAAAAGUCAAUCCCGGAGACAUCGUUGUAAAGGUGGAAUAUUUUGGUGUCAAUUUCAUCGAUACAUAUUACCGGAAAGGGCUAUAUCCCAUUAAAGAAUUCCCUGCUGUUUUGGGAACAGAAGCAUCUGGCACCAUCGUUGCUCUUCCAACCGACGAAAACGUCCUGAAUGAUCCCGAUUACAAGAAGCGGAACUACACUAUCGGCAGUAAAGUUCUCGUCUACGGCUUAGGAGCGCAUGCAACGUACCUCUCAGUCCCAUGGACAAAGGCGCACGCUGUGCCGGAUUCUAUUGAGACCAAUGUUGCAACUGCGGGUGGUGUACAGGCUUUAACGGCUUUGACCUUCUUCACUGAAGCGUACAACGUCAAACAAGGCGACAUCAUCCUUAUACAUACAGUAGCCGGAGGCCUCGGUUUGCUCAUGACUCAGCUCGCGAAGCAUCGAGGGGCCACCGUUAUCGGUACAACAUCGACGAAGGAAAAGGCUGAGUUUGCCAAAGCAAAUGGUGCCGAUCAUGUUAUUCUUUAUCCUGUGGAGGAUACGGUUGAACGCGUACUUGAGAUAACCAAAGGUGAAGGUGUUCAUGCAGUUUUUGACGGGGUUGGGAAAGAUACAUUUGAUAACAAUUUGAAACUGCUGCGGCGCAAAGGCACCCUUGUGUCCGUCGGUAAUGCGUCUGGUGCCGUUCCGCCAAAGUCUCCUUUGGUGCUCAUGAGCGGCAACUUUACUCUUUUGCGCCCUACGAUGGGUAACUAUAUAGUGACACCAGAAGAAGCGCAUCACUAUACCACUGGAGUCUUUGAUCUUAUUCGGAAGGGAGUGUUCAAGAUCAACAUAUUUAAGGAGUAUCCUUUCACGGCGGAAGCGGUUCAACAAGCCCAGAAAGAUUUGACGAGUGGGAAGACCACCGGAAAGCUAUUGAUCAAGGUGUCGGACGAAUGAUCAUUGAACAGGUGAUAGUCCCUUCAACAUGGAAUACAAGUAAUAUUUGUGUACAUUCUAUCAUGGCUCAUUGGUUGUCUGUCCUUGAUUUGAUCAGUGGUCGCUGGCCGCCAAUAUGUAUCAACAACCAGGACAAGACUGCAAAGUGUCGAUGAUGCUACCGAUAUUGUAUCCUUCUGGGAGAUUUUCGACACGGAAUGUGCCGUGGAGGGAUGGACGUGCGUACUGAAGGGGGUAGACUAUGCCCAGAUACCGAAAGGUGGGAGAAUGUUCGAUCUAUGGAAAAGCCAGUCCUGGCUUCUCUGCGUGAUGACGAGACGCGGCACGGUUUCCGGACCGACAAACAGUUCCUUGGUAUGGUCGGAACGAAAGAAGGGCAUGUAGAGUACAAUUUUUUCGAAGGUCAAAUACGCAAAUGAACAAAAAACGAGAGAAACAGGU